CUCCUGAUCUGGCUAUAUGCUGCUUUAUUCUGGAGCAGUCCUUAUCUGUGCGGGCCCUUCAGGAGAUGCUGGCUAACACAACUGAGCUUAAUGAGGCAGUCGAUUUGGAUAAAUGGUCUUCACAAGGAGGAGGCCACCGCACAUUGUUGUAUGGCCACGCCAUCCUGCUCAGACACACUCACUCUGGCAUGUACCUCAGCUGUUUGACGACAUCAAGGUCACUCACAGACAAGCUGGCCUUUGACGUGGGCUUGCGUGAGGAGUCGACAGGUGAGGCAUGUUGGUGGACCAUUCACCCUGCAUCCAAGCAGAGGUCAGAGGGUGAGAAGGUCAGGGUGGGAGACGAUCUCAUCCUGGUUAGCGUGUCCUCUGAAAGAUAUCUGCACCUUUCCUAUGCCAGCGGAGACCUCAUGGUGGAUGCUUCUUUUAUGCAAACUCUUUGGAACAUGAACCCAGUCUGUUCUGGUUGUGAGCUGGCAGAGGGGUAUCUGACUGGAGGGCAUGUUCUGCGUCUUUUCCACGGGCACAUGGAUGAAUGUUUAACAAUUCCUGCCGCUGACCAGGGCGAUGACCAUAGACGAAAUGCACACUAUGAAGGUGGAGCCGUGUGCAGCCACGCCAGAUCUCUGUGGAGGCUGGAGCCUCUUCGCAUUGGGUGGAGUGGUAGCCACAUGAAGUGGGGUCAGUCCUUCAGAGUGCGUCACAUCACCACAGGCAGGUAUCUGUGUCUGGAUGAAGAGAAAGGACUCCUGCUUGUGGAUGCGGAAAAAGCGAAUACAAAGAACUCUGCUUUCUGCUUUCGUGCUUCAAAGGAGAAGACGGAGGUGGCUCAGAAACGUGAUGUGGAGGGAAUGGGGAUCCCAGAGAUCAAGUAUGGAGAGUCCAUGUGCUUUGUGCAGCAUGUCUCUACCAGCCUAUGGCUUACAUAUGCCUCGGUGGAUGCCAAAUCUGCUCGGCUGGGGCCACUGAAAAGGAAGGCUAUACUUCAUCAGGAGGGUCACAUGGAUGAUGCUCUGACUGUGGCGCGUUCUCAAACAGCAGAAUCCCAGGCUGCUAGAAUGAUCUAUAGCACAACAGGACUCUUCACUCAGUUCAUUAAGGGUCUGGACUCUCUGAGAGGGAAGAGUAAAUCUCCAGGCCCAUCGUCCCCAUCUCUGCCUCUAGAUGCCGUGGUUCUGUCCCUGCAAGAUCUCAUCUUCUAUUUCCGCCCUCCAGAGGAGGAGCUGGAACAUGAGGAGAAGCAGACCAAACUGCGCUCCUUAAGGAACCGACAGAAUCUAUUCCAAGAGGAGGGCAUGAUCAGUCUCGUAUUGGACUGUGUUGAUCGGCUGAAUGUCUACAACACUUCAGCCCACUUCUCAGAAUUUGCCGGGGAAGAAGCAGCUGAGUACUGGAAAGAGAUAGUCAACUUAUUUUAUGAGCUGUUGGCAUCUCUGAUCAGAGGAAACAGGGCAAACUGUGCUUUGUUCUGUGAUAAUCUUGAUUGGUUGGUCAGCAAACUGGACCGUUUAGAGGCAUCCUCAGGCAUUCUGGAGGUGCUGUAUUGUAUCCUUAUUGAAAGCCCUGAGGUGCUUAACAUCAUCCAGGAGAACCACAUCAAAUCUAUCAUUGCACUUUUGGACAAACAUGGACGCAAUCACAAGGUUCUAGAUGUCCUCUGCUCUUUAUGCGUGUGUAAUGGUGUUGCCGUGAGGUCCAAUCAGAAUCUGAUCACUGAGAAUCUGCUUCCGGGGCGUGAUCUCCUCCUGCAGACCAACAUCAUCAAUUAUGUCACCAGUAUGAGACCCAACAUUUUUCUGGGCACAUGUGAAGGCUCUACACAAUAUAAGAAGUGGUACUACGAGUUAAUUGUAGACCAUGUGGAGUCAUUCUUGACUGCUCAGGCAUGUCACCUUCGUGUUGGCUGGGCUUUGACCGAGGGUUACAGCCCUUACCCUGGAGGAGGAGAGGGAUGGGGAAGCAAUGGAGUUGGAGAUGAUCUUUACUCAUAUGGCUUUGAUGGGCUACAUCUGUGGACAGGUCGCGUACUACGUCAGGUGUCCUCGUCAAAUCCACACAUUCUCGCGGCUGGAGAUGUGGUGAGCUGCUGUUUGGAUCUGAGCGUUCCCAGCAUCUCCUUCCGGAUCAAUGGACAUCCCGUUCAAGGCAUGUUCGAGAACUUCAACCUGGAUGGUCUCUUUUUCCCUGCGGUCAGCUUCUCGGCUGGGAUCAAAGUUCGGUUUCUUCUUGGUGGACGGCAUGGAGACUUUAAAUUCCUUCCUCCUCCUGGUUAUGCCCCAUGCUAUGAGGCAGUUCUGCCCAAAGAUAGACUGCGUAUUGAGCCCAUUAAAGAGUACAAGCAUGACUUUGAUGGGGUCCGGAACCUUUUGGGACCGACCCAGUCUCUUUCCCACACUGCCUUCACUCCAUGUCCGGUGGACACUGUGCAGAUUGUGCUUCCUCCUCAUCUAGAGCGGAUUAGAGAGAAACUGGCUGAGAACAGCCAUGAGCUGUGGGCCGUCACUCGAAUUGAGCAGGGCUGGACCUAUGGACCGUUUCGUGAUGACAACAAGAAGCUGCAUCCUUGUUUAGUGGAUUUCCAGAGCCUCCCAGAGCCUGAGAAGAACUACAACUUGGCAAUGUCCGGAGAGACACUGAAGACUCUUCUGGCUUUAGGAUGUCACGUUGGCAUGGGUGACGAAAAAGCAGAGGAGAACUUGAAGAAAAUCAAACUUCCUAAAACGUAUAUGCAAAGUAAUGGAUACAAACCUGCUCCUCUGGACCUCAACCAUGUGAAACUGACACCGAAUCAGAACACACUUGUGGAAAGACUGGCUGAAAAUGGACACAACGUCUGGGCUCGAGACCGUGUUCGUCAAGUUGGCCAUGGGGCUGGCAGUGGUCGGAGUGAUAAGAUCCGUGUGUUCAGGGCAGAGAAAUCCUACGCUGUAACCCAGGGAAAAUGGUACUUUGAGUUUGAGGCGGUAACAGUGGGAGAGAUGAGAGUUGGGUGGGCAAGACCAAGUGUCCAUGCAGAUAGAGAGUUGGGAUCAGAUGACCUGGCCUAUGUCUUCAAUGGGUUCAAGGCUCAGCGUUGGCACAUAGGGAAUGAGCCGUUUGGCCGGCAGUGGCAGUCUGGUGACGUGGUGGGCUGCAUGAUUGACCUGACGGAACAGAACAUCAUGUUUACUCUGAAUGGAGAAAUGCUUAUUAGUGACUCUGGAUCUGAGAUGGCCUUCAAAGACAUUGAGAUCGGAGAAGGCUUCAUCCCUGUGUGCAGUCUGGGGCUGUCUCAGGUUGGGCGUAUCAACCUUGGGCAGAAUGUGAGCAGCCUGCGUUACUUCACAAUCUGUGGCCUGCAGGAAGGUUUUGAGCCUUUUGCCAUCAACAUGAAGAGAGAUAUUACCAUGUGGUUCAGCAAGAGCUUGCCCCAGUUUGUGCCUGUGCCAACAGACCACCCUCAUAUUGAGGUGUCCCGUGUGGAUGGAACAGUGGAUAGCGCCCCUUGUCUGAAACUGAACCAUAGGACAUUUGGGUCUCAGAAUGCCAACACAGACCUUCUGUUCUUUAGACUCAGCAUGCCAAUCGAAUUCCAUGAAACCUUCAAAGUGCCAGUGGGAGCUUCACCCCUCACCCGAACCCUCACUAUCCCUGAGGAUGAGGCCCUUGAGGUGGACCCUGAAUCUGAAUUUGAGCUCCUGAAGAAGUCAGCCACUCGUAAGGAGCAAGAUGAGAAAGAAAAAGAGCCAUCUGUCCCUAAAGAGCUUCCUGGCAACAAAGAGGGCGAGAAUGAGAAGGACACCACCACAGAGAAGAGCAAAAAGAGAGGGUUUUUUUCCAAGGCGAAGAAGGCAGCGUUUAUUGCCCCACCACCGGUGGUUCCAACAGUGCCUCGUCUGAUGGAGGAUGUUGUCCCAGAUGAUCGAGACGAUGCUGAUAUUAUCUCUAACACAACAACUUAUUAUUAUUCAGUCCGGGUGUUUGCCGGACAGGAGCCCAGUGGAGUAUGGGUAGGGUGGGUCACUCCUGACUACCACCAGUAUGACCCACAUUUUGAUCUGGGUAAAGUCAGAAAUGUAACUGUUACGGUUGGGGACGAUAAAGGCAACAUUCAUGACAGUGUAAAACGCAGCAAUUGCUACAUGGUUUGGGGAGGAGAGUUUAGCAGCUCACAGCAAACACGCAUCAGCCAGGAGGAUUUUGUGAUUGGCUGCUUGGUGGACCUGGACACAGGACUGAUGACCUUUACAGCCAAUGGGAAAGAGAUCAAUGCCUUCUACCAGGUGGAACCCAGUACUAAGCUCUUCCCUGCUGUCUUUUGUUUGCCGUCAAGCCAGAACAUGUUACAGGUGGAACUCGGCAAACUAAAGAACAUUAUGCCCAUCUCUGCGGCCAUGUUCCGUAGCGACCAUAAGAACCCGGUCCCUCAGUGUCCUCCCAGGUUGGAUGUCCAGAUGUUGACACCUGUCAUAUGGAGCCGGAUGCCCAAUCACUUUUUGGCUCCUGAAACUGGCCGUGUGAGUGAGAGGCAGGGCUGGAAAGUGCAAUGCAUGGAGUCUCUUAUUAUGAUGGCGCUGCACAUUCCAGAAGAAAACAGGUGCAUUGACAUCCUGGAACUGUCGGAGUGCACCGACCUAAUGAAGUUCCAUUACCACACACUGAAAUUGUACGGCUCGGUGUGCGCUCUGGGCAACAACCGUGUCGCUCACGCCCUCUGCAGCCACGUUGACGAAUCGCAGCUCUUUUACGCCAUCGAAAACACCUUCCUUCCCGGCCCCAUCCGCAGCGGCUACUACGACUUGCUCAUCUCCAUGCACCUCGAGUCUGCCAAGCGCAACCGUCUCAUGACUAAUAAAGAGUUCAUUGUGCCCAUGACGGAUGAAACGCGUAGCAUCACCCUCUAUUCAGAUGCUGAGAAGGCCCAUGCGCUUCCUGGUGUUGGGCUCACCACCUGUCUACGCCCCAAACUACACUUUGCCCCAACUGGAUUUGUGGGUACUAAUGCAGACCUUUACACCCUCAGUCCCAUUUUACCUCUGCAGAUGCUUAAAGACCAUGCCCUCAGCAUGCUUACAGAAGCCGUGCAGGAUGGUGGACAGGCCAUGCGAGAUCCUGUGGAACCCAGUACUAAGCUCUUCCCUGCUGUCUUUUGUUUGCCGUCAAGCCAGAACAUGUUACAGGUGGAACUCGGCAAACUAAAGAACAUUAUGCCCAUCUCUGCGGCCAUGUUCCGUAGCGACCAUAAGAACCCGGUCCCUCAGUGUCCUCCCAGGUUGGAUGUCCAGAUGUUGACACCUGUCAUAUGGAGCCGGAUGCCCAAUCACUUUUUGGCUCCUGAAACUGGCCGUGUGAGUGAGAGGCAGGGCUGGAAAGUGCAAUGCAUGGAGUCUCUUAUUAUGAUGGCGCUGCACAUUCCAGAAGAAAACAGGUGCAUUGACAUCCUGGAACUGUCGGAGUGCACCGACCUAAUGAAGUUCCAUUACCACACACUGAAAUUGUACGGCUCGGUGUGCGCUCUGGGCAACAACCGUGUCGCUCACGCCCUCUGCAGCCACGUUGACGAAUCGCAGCUCUUUUACGCCAUCGAAAACACCUUCCUUCCCGGCCCCAUCCGCAGCGGCUACUACGACUUGCUCAUCUCCAUGCACCUCGAGUCUGCCAAGCGCAACCGUCUCAUGACUAAUAAAGAGUUCAUUGUGCCCAUGACGGAUGAAACGCGUAGCAUCACCCUCUAUUCAGAUGCUGAGAAGGCCCAUGCGCUUCCUGGUGUUGGGCUCACCACCUGUCUACGCCCCAAACUACACUUUGCCCCAACUGGAUUUGUGGGUACUAAUGCAGACCUUUACACCCUCAGUCCCAUUUUACCUCUGCAGAUGCUUAAAGACCAUGCCCUCAGCAUGCUUACAGAAGCCGUGCAGGAUGGUGGGCAGGCCAUGCGAGAUCCUGUAGGUGGCAGCGUUGAGUUCCACUUCGUGCCCAUUCUGAAGCUCAUUAGCACCUUGCUAAUAAUGGGCGUGUUUGAUGACCGCGAUGUCAAGCACAUCCUGAAGCUAAUCGAACCAUCCGUCUUCACUGAUGGUGAGAACCCAGCUGAAGAACUGGAGGCUGCCAAAACUGGAGAUGCUGAACAACAGCUGGUCUGCAAAGAGGAAGGAAUGAAGGCAAAAGAGGAAGAGGAGGAAGUAGAGGGUGAAAAUGAGAGAGAGCAGCUGGAUGAAGGAAUGGGAGAGGAAGAGGAAGAAGAGCUUGAAGAAGAGGAGGAGGAUGAGCUCGAACCUGAGGAGGAGGAAUAUGAAAAGCAUGCAGGAAAAGAAGGGAAGGAGGAUGAACAUGCUGCAGAAAAAAUGGAUAGAGAGAAAACAACAGAUGAAGAAGUUGAGAAAGAAACUGGUGCAGCAGAGGCAGAAGCAAAGGAAGAGGAGGAUGUGGGAGAGGGACUGCUGCACAUGAAACUUCCUGAGUCUGUUAAACUUCAGAUGUGUACUCUCCUGCAAUAUUUCUGCGACUGUGAGCUACGUCACAGAGUGGAAGCCAUAAUUGCUUUCUCAUACAGGUUUGUCAACCAGGUGCAGACCAAUCAGAGACAGCGAUAUAAUGAGCUCAUGCAGGCCUUCACGAUGAGCGCCGCAGAAACAGCCCGCAAGACCCGCGAAUUCCGCUCCCCUCCACAGGAACAGGUGAACAUGUUGAUGAGCUUUAAGAACUCUCCAGAGGAGGAAGUUUGCCCCGUUCCUGAGGAAGUCCGGAAUGAUCUGCUGACAUUUCACCAUGACCUUUUGGCUCACUGUGGGGUUCAUAUUGAAGAGGACGAGCAGGAAGAGGAGUUGGACACCUCUCUGCGUGGGCGCCUCCUGAGACUAGUGACGAAAGUUAAAAGCUUGCGAAAGAAGCCAGAGGCUGAGCCUGAACCUGAAGAAGAUAAAAAACCCAGUACUCUGCAGGAGCUGAUUUCCCACACCAUGAUCCACUGGGCUCAGGAGUCUUUCAUUCAGAACCCUGAGCUGGUGCGGCUCAUGUUCAGUCUGCUACACCGACAGUACGACGCCCUGGGUGAGCUGAUCCGAGCAUUGCCCAAAGCCUACACUAUCAAUGCAGUGUCUGUGCAAGACACAAUGGAGCUACUGGAGUGUCUGGGACAGAUCCGCUCCCUGCUCAUCGUACAGAUGGGGCCUGAAGAGGAGAGGCUGAUGAUCCAAAGUAUUGGAAAUAUUAUGAGCAACAGGGUAUUCUACCAGCACCCCAACCUGAUGAGAGCUCUGGGGAUGCAUGAGACGGUCAUGGAGGUUAUGGUGAACGUACUUGGAGGUGGAGAUUCCAAGGAGAUCAGAUUCCCUCGAAUGGUGACCAACUGCUGUCGUUUCCUGUGUUAUUUCUGCCGUAUCAGCAGACAAAAUCAGCGCUCAAUGUUUGAUCACCUGGGCUACCUCCUGCAGAACAGUGGCAUUGGCCUGGGUAAACCUAGAAUGCGUGGCUCCACUCCUCUUGAUGUUGCUGCUGCAUCCUGUAUCGAUAAUAACGAACUUGCCCUGGCCCUCCAAGAGCAAGACCUGGAGAUGGUGGUGAAGUACUUGGCAGGUUGUGGUCUGCAGAGUUGCCCCAUGCUCUUAUCAAAAGGUUACCCAGAUAUUGGGUGGAAUCCCUGCGGAGGCGAGAAGUAUCUGGAUUUCCUGCGCUUUGCUGUAUUCGUUAAUGGAGAGAGCGUGGAGGAGAACGCUAAUGUGGUGGUCCGACUGCUGAUCAGGAGGCCUGAGUGUUUUGGUCCCGCGCUGAGAGGAGAAGGGGGCAACGGUCUGCUUGCUGCCAUUGAAGAGGCCAUUAAGAUCUCAGAAGAUCCUGCAAGAGAUGGACCCACUGUUAAAAAAGACAGACGCUUCCCCAUGUGUCAGCAUGAGGAGAACAGAGUGCACCUGGGAAAUGCCAUCAUGUCCUUUUACUCAGCUCUCAUUGAUUUGCUGGGUCGCUGUGCACCUGAGAUGCAUUUGAUCCAAGCUGGUAAAGGUGAGGCUUUGAGAAUCAGGGCCAUUCUUAGGUCUCUGGUGCCUAUUGAGGAUCUGGUUGGUGUGAUCAGCUUGCCAUUCCAGAUACCUGCUUUUGGAAAAGAUAACAGCAUCAUUGAGCCAAAGAUGUCUGCCAGUUUUGUGCCUGAUCAUAAAGCACCAAUGGUCCUGUUCCUGGACAGAGUUUAUGGCAUAGACAACCAGGACUUCCUGUUGCAUGUACUGGAAGUGGGCUUCCUGCCUGACAUGAGAGCAGCAGCUUCCUUAGACACAGCUGCAUUCAGCACUACCGAAAUGGCCCUGGCGCUGAACCGUUACCUGUGCUCCGCCGUGCUUCCUCUUAUCACUAAAUGUGCUCCUUUAUUUGCCGGCACGGACCACCGUGCCAUCAUGAUCGACUCCAUGCUCCACACCAUCUACAGACUGUCCCGAGGACGCUCUCUAACCAAAGCUCAGAGGGAUGUUAUUGAGGAAUGCCUCAUGUCUUUGUGCAGGUACCUGCGUCCAUCCAUGCUCCAGCACCUCCUCAGGCGGCUGGUGUUUGACGUGCCGAUUCUGAACGAGUAUGCUAAAAUGCCCCUUAAGCUGCUUACUAAUCAUUACGAGCGUUGUUGGAAGUAUUAUUGUUUGCCUAAUGGCUGGGCUAACUUUGGCGUAUCAUCAGAGGAGGAGCUUCAUCUGACCCGUAAACUCUUCUGGGGAAUUUUUGAAUCUCUAGCCCACAAGAAAUUUGAUGCAGAGCUAUUUAAAAUUGCCAUGCCAUGUAUAUGUGCGAUUGCUGGAGCGAUUCCUCCUGAUUAUGUGGAUGCCAGUUACUCCUCCAAAACAGAGAAAAAGGCCUCUGUCGAUGCUGAGGGCAACUUUGAUCCAAAACCUGUGGAUACGACCAACACUAUCAUUCCAGAGAAGCUGGACGGUUUCAUCAACAGAUAUGCAGAAUACACACACGAUAAAUGGGCUUUUGAAAAGAUUCAAAACAACUGGACUUUUGGUGAGGUGCUGGAUGAAAAUGCCAAGACUCAUCCCAUGCUCAGGCCUUACAAAACGUUCUCUGAAAAGGAUAAAGAAAUCUACCGCUGGCCCAUUAAAGAGUCCAUCAAGGCCAUGAUUGCGUGGGAGUGGACGCUGGACAAAGCCAGAGAUGGAGAUGAUGAGAAAACAGAAAAGAAGACAGCUCGUAAGAUCUCACAGACUGCACAGGCGACUUAUGACCCCAGUCAUGGCUACAGCCCUCAGCCCAUUGAUAUCUCAGGCAUGACACUUUCCAGAGAGCUACAGUCCAUGGCAGAGCAGCUUGCAGAAAACUACCACAACACCUGGGGGCGCAAAAAGAAAAUGGAAUUACAAGCAAAAGGGGGCGGCACACACCCGUUGCUAGUACCUUAUGACACACUGACGGCUAAAGAAAAGGCUCGAGAUAGAGAGAAGUCAUAUGAGCUGCUCAAGUUUCUCCAGCUGAAUGGAUAUGCUGUGACAAGAGGGCUCAAAGAUAUGGAAAGUGACAUUUCCUCUAUUGAGAAGCGCUUUGCAUAUGGCUUCCUACAGAAGCUGCUAAAGUGGAUGGAUAUUGCCCAGGAAUUCAUAGCCCAUCUUGAGGCUGUUGUGAGCAGCGGCCGUGUGGAAAAGUCGCCACACGAACAAGAGAUAAAGUUCUUCGCCAAGAUUCUUUUGCCUUUAAUAAAUCAAUAUUUUAAAAAUCACUGCCUCUACUUCCUUUCCACACCUGCCAAAAUCCUGGGCAGUGGCGGACAUGCCUCCAACAAGGAAAAAGAGAUGAUUGCAAGCAUCUUCUGUAAGAUGUCUGCCCUGGUGCGACACAGAGUGUUUCUCUUUGGUACGGAUGCACCUGCUAUUGUCAACUGCCUUCAUAUCCUUGCACGGUCACUUGAUGCCAGAACUGUGAUGAAAUCUGGACCUGAGAUCGUAAAAGCAGGACUGCGUUUGUUCUUUGAGAGUGCAGCUGAUGACAUUGAAAAGAUGGUGGAGAACCUCAAACUCGGCAAAGUGUCCAAAGGCAAUCAGCCGGUUAAAGGUGUAUCCCAGAAUAUUAACUACACCACAACAGCUCUGCUCCCUGUCCUCACUUCACUGUUUGACCACAUCGCUCAACACCAAUUUGGAGAUGAUGUUAUCCUGGACGAUUUGCAGAUGUCCUGUUAUCGAAUCACGUGUAGUAUCUACUCUUCUGGAACUGUAAAAACACCUCAUGCAGAGAGACAUAGACCAGCCCUUGGAGAAUGUCUUGCUCAUCUCGCUGCAGCCAUGCCUGUGGCCUACCUGGAGCCCCAUCUUAAUGAAUACAAUGCGUUUUCAGUGUACACUACCAAGACACCUAGAGAAAGAGCAAUCCUGGGCCUUCCGAACCAUGUCCAUGAGCUGUGUGACAUUCCUGAGCUAGACAUAUUAUUGAAAGAGAUUGGGGACCUGGCUGAAUCGGGGGCUCGCUACACUGAAAUGCCUCAUGUGAUCGAGGUCACCCUGCCCAUGCUGUGUAACUAUCUGCCCCGCUGGUGGGAGAGAGGAGUGGAGAUCUUUCCCGAAUUGGAGGGUAAGUUGUGUACAGACGUCACCUCCGAUCAUCUCAACCAGCUUCUGGGAAGUAUCAUGAAAAUUGUGGUCAACAACUUGGGAAUUGACGAAGCUUCCUGGAUGAAGAGGCUUGCAGUGUUCUCCCAGCCUAUUGUGAGCCGAGCCAAAGCAGAGAUGCUCAAAUCCCAUUUCAUUCCCACCAUGGAGAAGCUGAAGAAGCGUACAGCUAAAGUAGUGGCUGAGGAGGAGCACCUGCGUAUGGAGGGGAAGUCUGAGGGGGACGAGGAGGAAGGCACUAUUAGAGAUGAAUUUGCAGUUCUCUGUAGAGACCUAUAUGCGCUGUACCCUCUUCUCAUCCGCUAUGUGGAUAACAACAGAGCAAGAUGGCUGACGUGCCGGGACCCAGAUGCUGAGGAGCUGUUCCGCAUGGUGGGAGAGGUCUUCAUCUUCUGGUCCAAAUCUCAUAAUUUCAAGCGAGAGGAGCAAAACUUUGUGGUGAUGAAUGAAAUUAACAAUAUGUCCUUUCUCACUGCUGACAGUAAGAGCAAGAUGAGCAAGGCUGGUGGCACCGAUGUGGAGCGUACCAAGAAAAAGAGACGGGGAGAUCGAUACUCUGUUCAAACAUCCCUCAUUGUGGCGGCCCUGAAGAAAAUUCUUCCCAUUGGACUAAACAUGUGCUCUCCUGCAGACCAGGAGCUCAUUAACCUGGCCAAGACACGCUAUUCUUUGAAAGACACAAAUGAGGAGGUCAGAGAGUUCUUGCAAAAUAACCUGCACCUCCAGGGCAAGGUUGAUAACCCGUCUAUGCGCUGGCAGAUGGCACUGUAUAAGGAAAUGGCAGGAAAGGCAGAAGAUGCAGAUGCCCCAGAGAAAGUUGUGACGCGGGUUCAAGAGGUCUCUGCAGUUCUCUACCAUAUUGAAGUGACUGAGCACCCUUUCAAGUCCAAAAAGAUGGUUUGGCAUAAACUGCUGUCAAAGCAACGACGUAGAGCAGUGGUGGCCUGUUUUAGGAUGACUCCACUUUACAACCUGCCCAGGCACAGAGCAUGUAACAUGUUCCUGGAUGGGUACAAGCGAAACUGGAUCCAAACCGAAGGAUAUUCCUUUGAGGAUAGAAUGAUUGAUGACCUGUCUAAAGCAAUGGAGGAAGAAGAAGAGGAGGAAGAAGAAAAGGAGAAAAAGCCAGACCCUCUUCAUCAGCUCAUACUUCACUUUAGUCGCACAGCCCUCACCGAGAAGAGUAAACUGGAUAUAGAUUACUUAUACAUGGCAUAUGCUGAUAUCAUGGCUAAGAGUUGCCACAUGGGUGAAGAGGAUGAGGGGGGCGAGGAGGAGGAAGAGGGGGGAGAGGAGGAGAUGCCCUUUGAGGAGAAAGAGAUGGAAAAGCAAAGACUCCUCUACCAACAGUCACGUCUCCACAACAGAGGGGCUGCUGAGAUGGUCCUUCAGAUGAUUAGCGCCUGCAAGGGUGAGACUGGUUGCAUGGUCUCUUCCACCCUAAAACUUGGUAUUUCCAUUCUAAAUGGUGGGAACAGUGAGGUCCAACAGAAAAUGCUGGACUAUCUAAAAGACAAGAAAGAUGUGGGUUUCUUCCUCAGUGUCCAGGCUCUAAUGCAGACCUGCAGUGUUUUGGACCUGAACGCCUUUGAGAGGCAGAAUAAAGCAGAGGGUCUAGGUAUGGUGUCAGAGGAGGGAACAAACGUGAAGCUAGAGCGGGGUGAGAAGGUCAUGGCUGACGAUGAGUUCACUUGUGACCUCUUCCGCUUUGUGCAGCUCCUCUGUGAGGGUCACAACAAUGACUUCCAGAACUACCUGAGAACACAGACAGGCAGCACCACCACCAUCAAUGUGAUUAUCUGUACAGUGGAUUACCUGCUUAGACUACAGGAGUCUAUCAGUGAUUUCUACUGGUAUUAUUCAGGAAAAGACAUCAUAGAUGAACCAGGCAAGAGGAACUUCUCUAAAGCGAUGACUGUGGCCAAGCAGGUGUUCAACAGCCUUACUGAGUAUAUUCAGGGUCCCUGCACAGGAAACCAGCAGUCCCUGGCCCACAGUCGCCUGUGGGAUGCUGUGGUGGGCUUCCUGCACGUGUUUGCCCAUAUGAUGAUGAAACUGGCUCAGGAUUCCAGUCAGAUUGGUCUUCUGAAAGAGUUGUUGGACCUUCAGAAAGAUAUGGUGGUCAUGUUAUUGUCUCUGCUGGAGGGUAAUGUUGUAAAUGGCACCAUUGCUCGCCAAAUGGUGGACAUGCUAGUGGAGUCCUCCAGCAAUGUAGAAAUGAUCCUUAAAUUCUUUGACAUGUUCCUCAAGCUGAAGGACAUUGUUGCAUCUGAUGCAUUCCGCGACUAUGUGACAGACCCCAGAGGUUUGAUAUCCAAGAAGGAUUUCCAGAAAGCCAUGGACAGCCAGAAACAGUACACACCUGCGGAGAUCCAAUUCCUAUUGUCCUGCUCUGAGGCAGAUGAGAAUGAGAUGAUUAAUUACGUGGAGUUUGCCAGUCGGUUCCAAGAGCCAGCAAAAGACAUUGGUUUUAACAUAGCAGUGCUGCUAACCAACCUCUCUGAACAUGUUCCUCAUGAUACCAGGUUGCAGAAUUUCCUUGAACAAGCUGAGAGCGUUCUGAACUAUUUCCGCCCAUUCUUGGGCCGUAUCGAGAUAAUGGGUGCCAGCAGGAAGAUCGAGAGGAUCUACUUUGAGAUCAGUGAGGUGAAUCGUAAGCAAUGGGAAAUGCCUCAGGUCAAAGAGUCCAAGCGGCAGUUCAUAUUUGACGUGGUCAAUGAAGGUGUCGAAUCAGAGAAGAUGGAGCUUUUUGUCAACUUCUGUGAGGACACCAUCUUUGAGAUGAACAUCGCUUCACAGAUUUCAGAGCAGGAUGAGGAAGAGAAAGAAGAGGACGAUGCCGAGGAACCCGAUGGAGGAGGCGGAGGAGAUGAAGAGGCAGGUGGAGAGGAGGGCCAGCCAGAAUCAAGCUCUGCCUUUUCCGAUUUCAUCCAAAGCAUUAUGAAUUUCCUGGGCAUGUUUACCUUUAGGAAUAUUCGCAGACAGUACCGUAGGCUCAGGAAGAUGACCAUCAAGGACAUUGUGGUCAAGCUUGCUACCUUCCUAUGGACAAUCCUCAUGGGCAUCCUCUAUUUCAUUUACAGUGUGUGUAAAGGUUUCUUCCUGCUCAUCUGGCAUACACUUUUUGGAGGUGGUUUAGUUGAAGGGGCCAAGAACAUCACCGUGACGGAGUUGCUGGCCAGCAUGCCGGAUCCCACGCAGGAUGAGGUGCAUGGAGACCUACCGGGAGAACCAAGGGGCAGAGAAGAGCAAGAUACAGGAGGGAUAACAGACUCAAUGGAAAUAGGAGGGGGAGAGGAGGAGGAUGAGGACAUCCAAGAAAAAGACGGUGGGAAGAUUCCUGGUAUCGAUACACCAGGUGGACUUGGAGAUAUGGGUGACACGACCCCUGUGGAACCGCCAACUCCAGAGGGCACUCCAUUACUGAAGAAGAAAAUGCAACCAGAAGAAGCAGGACCUGAACAACCUCCUGCUAUUGAAGAACCUCCUCCUGAGCCUGAGAAAGCAGACACUGAGAAUGGAGAGAAGGCUGAGAAGGAAGCAGAGGUCAAGCCUGAGGCCACACCAGAAGAAACAAAACCUGAGAAAGCCACUAAAGCCAAAAAGGAAAAGAAAUCCGUCAAGGGAGCAGGAUUUGAGCUCUGGAAUGAGUUGGAUGUUCAAAGAAAUAAAUUCAUGAACUGUUUGUCCCGUAACUUCUACAACCUUCGUUUCCUGGCUUUGUUCAUCGCCUUUGCCCUGAACUUCAUUCUUCUCUUCUACAAGACUUUCCUCUACCUGGUGUGGUACACAGUUAUGUCACUUCUUGGACAUUACAACAAUUUCUUCUUUGCUUGUCACCUGCUGGACAUCGCAAUGGGUGUCAAGACCCUGCGUACAAUUCUUUCCUCGGUCACACACAAUGGAAAACAGCUGAUGAUGACUGUGGGUUUGCUGGCUGUGGUUGUGUACCUCUACACUGUGGUGGCCUUCAACUUCUUCAGGAAGUUUUACAAUAAGAGCGAGGAUGAGGAUGAGCCGGACAUGAAGUGUGAUGACAUGAUGACGUGUUAUCUGUUCCACAUGUACGUGGGUGUGCGGGCAGGUGGAGGCAUAGGAGACGAGAUUGAGGACCCAGCAGGGGAUGAGUAUGAACUCUAUCGGGUGGUUUUCGACAUCACCUUUUUCUUCUUUGUCAUCGUCAUCCUGCUGGCCAUCAUUCAAGGUCUGAUCAUUGAUGCUUUUGGUGAGCUGAGAGACCAGCAAGAGCAGGUCAAAGAAGACAUGGAGACCAAAUGCUUUAUAUGUGGUAUUGGGAGUGAUUACUUCGAUACAACGCCACAUGGCUUUGAGACACAUACGCUUGAAGAACACAACCUGGCCAAUUACAUGUUCUUCCUGAUGUACUUGAUCAACAAGGAUGAAACUGAGCAUACUGGGCAGGAGUCAUACGUGUGGAAGAUGUACCAGGAGAGAUGCUGGGAUUUCUUCCCUGCUGGAGACUGCUUCAGAAAACAGUAUGAAGACCAGCUUGGAUAAACUCUUUUCUGUUUUGUACGUAGCCUUUAACAAAGCUAGUAUGAUAUUUGCGACAAACCAUGAUUUAUGUAAAAUUAUACAUAGAAAUAUAGACUUGCACAAUACCAGAUCAUUAUACUAAUAUACAUUCAAAAUGCAUGCCAUUUAUGCAUAGUAAGUGUUUUGGGGUCAUUUUUUAAAGUAUCUGCUCGUUUAAAAUGUAAAUGUGCCUCAGACCUAUUCUAAUGAUUCUUUAGCG